AUGUCUUUUGCUGAAGAGUUCCCUCCAAUCUAUCGUUUCGAGGACACGAAUGAUCUUCGUCUUACUUUUGGCUUCCUAAACGCUGCAGUAAUCGCAGGAACGUUGCUUGGAUGCACUUUUUUCCUGUAUCUCUUCUAUUUGGAACGAAAACAUCGGAAAAUCUCGCAUAAUUAUGUGAUCUCGAUGUGCUGCGGUGACAUCCUGCACGCUGGAUUGGGCUGCUCGAUGGUUAUUUGGCUUUGUAAUGAACUAAAAUUAUCGGAUGACCGUUGUCCGCUUGCCACGUGCCUGCUCAUGUUAUCCGUUUACGUAUCCUUGUUUACCUUGACAUCCGCCGCUAUCGAUCGGUACAUUGCUAUUUGUCGUCCGUUGGAGUAUCAGAAGAAAAUGACACACAGUUUGUCGUAUUGCAUCAUAUCACUCGGUUGGAUCCUCGCCCCGAUCGCUGCAACUCCCUUAUACUUCAUGCGUUCCAACAAAAGCAUCACAAAACCCAACGAACUGUGUCUCUACCUCGCUUGGGUCUACGAUUUGGAGUACCUCCUCGGCUAUCUCAUGCUCAUAAUGUCAAUUUGCGUCAUAAUUGUCGUCAUUUUGUACGCAAAAAUCUACAUCUCGCUCCGAAAAAUGUUCCAUUCGUCCCUCGGCACGACAGAAUUUCGCUCAAUUCUCACCUACCUUCGAGACAACAAGGAAAAUACCGUUAUUGGGCUCUUAAAAGUGCGCGAAGUGAAAGUUACGUGCAUCAUGUUUGCCACUGUCAUGAGUUUCGUGUUAUGCUGGACCCCUUGCAUCAUCGUGGUUUUUUUCUUCAAUCACAAACCGAACGAAGUAACAAAACCAAUUUUGAUCGCGUAUCUCUUUCCGAAGUUUUAUUCGAUGAUAAAUCCCAUUUUUUACGCUUAUGCCAUCAAAAAUGUGCGAUUAGCGUUCAACAGGAACCUCAGAAGACUUUUCGGACUGAGAAGAAUUGUUGAGAAGCAAGAAAGUGAGAAGAAGGUUGAAACGCAAGAAACGAGUUAG